AGAUUUUUAUUGUUUUGCAAACUUUAUUUGAUUCACUUGCGUUAAUUCACUGUCAGUUACCUAAUAAAUCUUCCACGGAAAGAUGAGAUUUUUCGGAAUCAAUUUCGACCAUUGGAACACCCCUUGCCGAAAACGACUUCAAUUUCUAGCAGCCGGAGCUUGGAUGUUUACUUUCAUUUUUGGCGGAACAAUCUUGCUACUUUUAUGUUUCUACUUGCUAUUUACUCCAUUGUGGUGGUUGGUUUUGAUCAACUUCUGUUGGAUUUAUUACGACAGACACAGCAAAGAAACAGGAGGCAAAUCAAUUGAAUGGAUACAAAACUGGAAAUGGUUCAAAUACACCAGCGACUAUUUCCUCAUAACGCUUAAACUCGCCCCUGGCUUUCAACUAGACCCUAACAGGAACUACCUGUUUGCAUGUUUUCCUCACGGAGUUCUCCCCGCUGGACUUUUUCACGCAAUGAGCACAAAAAACUCCCGAUUUCGACAAUUGUAUAAAGAUUUCAGUGUAAAGACGGUGAUCCUUACGCUACUUUUUUAUUUACCUUUCACCCGGGAACUAAUAUUGGCCCAUGGAGCCAUCUCGUCAUCGACUAAAUCGAUAAAUUACGUUUUAAGUAAACCACAAGGUGGACAAAUUGUGCUGCUCUUCCCCGGAGGUGCUUUAGAAGCUACUUAUACGAAACCAGGAAUUUACAAAUUUGUAGUCAAGAAGAGGAAAGGUUUUGUCAGGUUGGCGCUACAGAAUGGGGCUCCUUUAGUUCCUGUUAUAACUUUUGGCGAAAAUGAUUUGUAUAACAUCACUGGAGAUAACUAUUGCUGGGAAGUGUUUCAAAAUAUUGUCAGAAAGAUGGCAGGUUUUACUCCUAUUCUUUUUAAUGGGCGUGGGAUUUUUCAAAGAUCGUUUGGGUUAGUACCACUUGAAAGACCUCUGAUGACAGUUUUGGGUAAGCCGAUUGAAGUCACCAAAGUAGAAAAUCCAAGCGAAGAACAGAUCAAACAGCUCCAUCAAAAAUUUCAGGAAGAAUUGGUAAAACUCUUCGACAAGUAUAAAUACCAGUUUUUUGAUAAUCCCCAAGAUAAGUGCCUCGAAUUGGAAUAAAAAAUCGUAAAACUACUAAAACUAAUUAAAAAAAUAAAUAAAGGUACUACCUAUAGAACUACAUUGCAACUGUUCUGAUAACAAAUAACAUUUGAUGCAUUAUUAUUGACUUGUUGUGUCAAUGAUAUUGAAAAGUUAAAAUUUGUUACAAAGUUCCCUCUAGCCUCUAGAAAAUUGCCUUCACAGUAUUUUUUAAGUAAAAAAUAACGAUACCAAAAUAACAGACGUUUUUUAUUUUUCUCUAUGUUUAUCUAUCGUCAUAGCA